AUGAGUGUAGAUGGUGAUCAACAAGGCAAUCAAGUCUUUAUGGACGCUGAAAAUUAUAUCAAACAAGCCAGUGAGAUGUUACAACGAGAAGCAGCAAGACUUCGCCACGAGAAGGAGGCGAUCGACGCCAUGUCGAAAAAGUUGGAACAUGUUCAUUUUUCUUCGACUAUUCAGCUGAAUGUUGGCGGUCAUCGCUUUACGACAAGUCUUCAAACACUGACCAAAGAUCCAAAUUCAAUGCUAGCAGCCAUGUUCUCAGGGAAGUUUGAAAUGAAACCUUCUGAUGAUGGCGCUUUCUUUAUCGACCGAGACGGAACACACUUCAGGUUCAUACUCAAUUAUCUUCGCACUGGGAAAUUAACUCUGCCAGUAGGAGCAACAUUUCUAGACGAACUUGCCGAGGAAGCUGAGUUCUACCAGAUCCAAGGGAUACUGGACGAGUUAGCGUCUAAAGCGCCGAAGUAA